AUGGACUGGCCAGAAGAGCCACUCCAAACCUUCAAUACCCCUUCCCCGUCUGGCUCUGUACUCCUCGCUUCGCCGUUGUCUGAUAACUCUCAAGGUCAAAGAAUUGAAGAGGCGAUAUGGGAAGUGUUCAGAGGUGUCGUAGAAGGAGGUAGAGUAGACUGCUACAUCAUGUGGGAGGGACUGUGGGCUUGCCAAGAUUGGGAUGAGAACUCAAACAGUCCUCUCGACACUUUCUGUCAUCUCGAGGUCCGUUUCGAUGUGCAGACAUGUGACUGUUCCGCUCCGAUCGUCCUCGUCCUCGGCCGUCCAUUUGGCGGAUCUCGCCCGCCGCGCGUCGGGACUCGCUCCCCCUCGCCGUGA